AUGAACAGCGACCCACGGAAUAUCAACAACAAAUAUUAUCAGCCAGGGGAUGUCAUCAUAGCAGGCAUUAGUUCACAAAGCUUCAUGUUUUCCAAUCCUCUCAACUUUGAAAGACAUCCCUCUUCUGAAGUCCUUGAUGACCUCAUCUACUUCACUGGAAGCUUAACUUAUCUUGCUUCACUGGAGCUCCUCUCCACAUGGGGCAGAUUCAUUCCAAACUAUAAAUGUGAUGCCCAAAGUACUACUGUAGCUGUGAUUGGGGGACCCGACUCCAAAGCUUGUCUUUUCAUGGCAACCAUUCUGAGCAUCUACAAGUUACCACAGCUUGGAUAUGGAUCUUCUCCUGUGAUUAAUGACCCAUCCCAACAAGUCUUCUUCCAAUGGAUGUUCCCUAAUAGAAACCAACAUUAUACGGGGAUGCUCCAACUGCUUUUGCUUUUCAGAUGGACCUGGAUUGGUAUCCUUUUUAUACAGGAUGACAAUGGCCUCAGGUUUAUACAGAAGGAACUUCCCAAGUUUUCCCAGCAUGGUAUCUGCUUUGACUUCAUAGAACCAUUCCCAACUGUGUAUUUCAAAACUGGCAUUCAUGAAAUGAUGGAAUCAUGGGUCAAACUGUAUGUCUUGAUAAGUGAUAGCAGUGCCAAUGUUGUGAUUUUACAUGGUGAAAUUCACACUACAAUCUUUUUAAGAAUGUUUCCCAGAAUUUUGGAAGUUGAAGAUAAACAAAUGAAGACAGGUAAAGUCUGGAUGAUGGUGGCACAAAUAGAGUUCACUUCUGUUCCCUUUCAACAAUUUUGGGAUAUAGAUAUCCUUCAUGGUUCCUUAGCUUUUGCAACCAAGUCAAAGGAAGUGGUAGGUUUCCACAAUUUUCUUCAGAUGAGAAACCCUAAUAUGGAAAUUAGAGAUGGUUUUAUUAAGGACUUUUGGAGACAGGCAUUUGAUUGUUCCUUCAAAGAGGACAAUGUUUGGAAUCGCUGCAGUGGGGAGGAGAAGCUAGAGGCUCUUCCUAGGUCUGUCUUUGACAUGAGCAUAACUCCACACAGCUACAGUAUCUACAAUGCAGUUUAUGCUGUAGCCAAUGCAUUCAAAUCCAUGAGCUCAUCAAUGCUCAAACAAAAAACUUUAUCAGAGGAAGGACAAAAUAAUGUUCUGAAUUCAAUGCUUUGGCAGCUCCACCAUUAUCUCAGAAAAGGCUCAUUUAACAACAGUGUUGGGCAGAUGAUUUCUUUUGAUCAAAAUGGGAAUUUGGAAGUAGGAUUUGAUAUUAUCAAUUGGAUCACAUUCCCAAACAAAACACUAUAUCGAGUCAAAGUGGGAACAUUUGAUCUCAGAGCUCCCAAAGACAAUGUUUUUAGUCUUUUUGUUGAUGCCAUCAGAUGGUCAAGGAGAUUUAACCAGGUACAACCUCGUUCUUUGUGUAAUGAACCCUGCUCUAAAGGUCACAGCAAGACCAAGAAGGAAGGAAAACCAUUUUGUUGUUAUGAUUGCCUUCUAUGCCCACAAGAAAAAGUGUCAAAUUGGACAGAUAUGGAUUCUUGUUACCAGUGUCCAGAGGAUCACUAUCCCAGCAAAGCCCAGGAUCAGUGCAUUCCAAAAGAGAUCAGCUUCCUAUCAUUUCAAGAACCUUUGGGGAUCACCUUGACCAUUUUUGCUCUUUUAUUUUCUUCCAUCACAGCUCUGGUCCUUGUGGUCUUUGUCCAGCACAAAAAUACCCCCAUAGUCAAGGCCAACAACCAGGGCCUCAGCUACAUCCUCCUGGUCUCCCUUCUGCUUUCCUUUCUCUGCCCUUUGCUUUUCAUUGGUCGGCCUCAGACAGCAACCUGUCUCCUUCGCCAAACUGCUUUUGGCAUCAUCUUCUCUCUGGCAGUUUCUUGUGUUGUGGCCAAAACCCUCAUUGUAGUCCUAGCUUUCAUGGCCACCAGGCCAGAUUCUAAGAUGAGGUCAUGGGUAGGGAACAAGUUGGCUCUCUUCAUAGUGCCUUCCUGCUCUGUUGUUCAAACUACUCUUUGUACCAUGUGGCUGGUGAGCUGUGCUCCCUUCCCAGACCUUGAUAUGCACUCACUGCCUACAGAAAUAGUCCUGGAGUGCAAUGAAGGCUUUCCUGCCUUGUUUUAUUGUCUCCUAGGUUUCAUUGGUCUCUUGGCUAUGAUCAGCUUUUCAGUGGCUUUCCUUGGCAGAAACCUCCCAGAUAGUUUCAAUGAAGCCAAAUUUAUCACCCUCAGCAUGCUUCUCUUUUGCAGUGUCUGGAUCUCUUUUGUUCCAGCCUACCAGAGCACCAAAGGGAAAUACACAGUGGCUGUGGAAGUCUUCUCCAUCUUAGCCUCAAGUGUUGGAUUACUGACCCUCAUUUUCUUCCCCAAACUCUUCAUCAUCUUGAUAAGACCUGAGCUGAAUAACAGGCAACAACUCAUGAGAAAAACCCUCAUAAAAUGA